CGUCAUGGUCGUUGUUUCGAAUGUCGGGAGCUAGCGCUGGGUAAGAGGCCGCGCGCUCUGCUGGGGACACAACUUGUACAAAUCUGACGCCCAAGGUCGUCGGCAGCCCCCGGUACCUCAAAUAUCAGGAAUAUCCUCUCCCCAUUCCCCUUACCCCCACCUCUGUCAGAGCAUGGCUCAGGAGACCAAUCAGACGCAGGUGCCAAUGCUUUGCGCUAUGGGAUGCGGUUUCUAUGGUAACCCCCGCACCAACGGCAUGUGCUCGGUCUGCUACAAGGAACACCUGCAAAGACAACAGGGAGGGGGGCGAUCCAGCCCCCCGGGAGAAAAAGCUGCUACAUCCCCAGCAGGUUCACCAGGGUCGGCUGGUGUGACUGUGGAGAGUACGACCUCGGAGCCCAGUACAGAGGUGGCAGGAACCCCACCUGAGGAGCAAACGGCCAGUCCCAGCUCUCCCAGCCCAGUAACUCAACAGAUGACAGCUAUGAGCAUCUCGCAGGAGUCGGGCGCCGUAGACUCUGAUCGAGCGGAGGCUGAGGAUGGAGAGGAAGAGGGUACUUCCAACAGCUCAGAACCCGUGGAGGAAGCAGCACAGGCUUUGUCUGAUAAUGACCAAACUCCAGAUAAAAACAAGAAAAAGAACCGCUGCUUUUCUUGCCGGAAGAAAGUGGGCCUUACUGGUUUUGACUGUCGCUGCGGGAACCUGUUCUGUGCCAUUCACCGUUACUCUGACAAACACGACUGUCCCUACGACUACCGGAGUGCAGCCGCUGCCCGCAUACGCAAGGAGAACCCCAUCGUGGUGGCGGAGAAAAUUCAGAAGUUAUGAGGACUGAGUGCAAACACACAAAAAAAAAAGUCUCUGACUUUUUGAAAUUGAACAAUGUUUGAUCUUGGAUGAAAACACCUGAUAUCGUGGCUUGAUUUGUUCAUGGUAGACUAAGCCGGGCGGGGCGGGGUGGGGUGGCAGCCACUGUCCAGACGCUUCCCUUACUAGCAUCUCCCUCUCUCUCCAAUAUUAACUGCGGGUGAACAUGAGCGUUUGUGUGUGUGUGUGUGUGUGUGUGUGUGUGUGUGUCUGUGUGUGCGUGUGUUUGUACGAAAGUCAGUGUGUGCACAUUUACUUGAGAGUCAGGGAGAGCGCCGGAGGGGCCUGGUGGACAUUAGUGUUGCUGUGGGGAGGGGAGGCAUUUGAUUUUUUUUGUUUCUCAACUCGGGGGAUCGUGUGGUUUUAUUUUUAUACAAUCCCUGUGAGGCAGUUGUAGUGAGACAGAGGUAAGCUGAGGAAUGUGUCACAGCCUGACUAAUGACACCGAGGUCAAUUAAGAAGGUCAAACAAGUAAAAAAACCUACCUGGGAGAUUUCAUCUAUCAGCAAGACCUUUUAAGGGCUUUGGAAUAUAUAUAUGUGUGUGUGUUUGUGUGUGUAUAUAUAUAUAUAUAUAUAUAUAUAUAUAUACAUAUACACGCACAUAUAUAUUCACAUAUAUUUAAUUACCCCCCCCCCCGUCCCCAGACUAAAAAUGAUGUCAGCUAUUGUCAAAUCGGCAUACUUUCUUCCCCUUCCAUAUCCUCUUACGUUUUCUCUAUGGGUCACCAUAUUUUGAACUCCCACGUCUUAGCAUUUUCCAGAACCGUUUCUCUUUGAUAUAUUUACUUAUCAUACUGAUAUUGGGUGCAUGAACAGUUGUUGGAGGGGGGAGGGCAAGGAUAGGGGAAACUUGAGAACCUUGACUUAAGUGAGUGAUUGAAUUCUGUUUCUUUUCCUUUUUUCUUUUCUUUUUUCCUGUUUUAAUGAGCGUAUGACAUCAGAAGAUCUAUAUUAAUAUAUUGUAGUUAGCUUGAAUUGUGUGAUUGCAUUCUAUUUAUUUUUUAUCGUUUGGUUGGUCUGUGCUGGAGGAUUGGCAGCAUGUGUCAGCAAAUCAUUUAGAUUUGCACUUAACCUUUUCAUUUAUAUUUAAGUAAUUCCAUCUUGAUUAUAUAACCAUUGAAUAAAUAAAAAAAAUUCACACGCUUUGA